AUGAGCACUCCUUCUGUCCCUGCUAUGCGCCCAGGCAAGCGCGCCCCGCCAAAGCUCGACUUGCGCGCCUUCCAAGCCCCACCGUCAUCCGCGACUCGCAGAACAUACCCAACAGGCCUCAUCGACGCUCACGUCCACCUCUGGACGGCUGAGCAACUCGAGAAGGGCCACAUGACUUGGCCGAGGGCGGACGGCGGAGAGAAGCAGCUGGGCGGACCGCACGAACUCGGUGACUACGCGAGUCUCGUCUUGCGAGGAAUCAAGACAGUCGCUGGCGGCAAAACGGCGCACAAGGGAAUCAUCUUCAUUCAGGCAGAGGUCGAGCACGAGAACGGCUGGGAGGCUUCGCUUGACGAGGUUGAAAGUGUUUGCGCUGCUGCCCUGGAGAGCCCGGUUCCGGUGCUAGCUCUCGUACCUUGGGCACCCGUCCACCUCGACCGCGCGCGACUCGAAGAGUACUUCUCGCAGCUCACGACGCAGCCCUCGCUCGCAACUCUGACCGCCCGCCUCGGCUAUUCGCCCAUCCAAGCUGUGCGCUACCUCCUCCAAGACUCGCCUCCCGGUUUCUUCCUUCGCGACGAUUUCAUCGACGGUCUACGAUGGCUCGGCGAGCAAGGGCUUGCGUUCGAUUUGACGCUGGACGUCACGCACGAGGAGACGGGCAAGACGAAGGUCUUGGAGGAUGCGGUAGACGCGAUCGAGCGAGUACGGGCGGGUCAAGCGGAGGACAAGCAGACUGUCUUCGUGGUUGACCACUUCGCAAAGCCGCCUCUCACCGCCGACCACACCGUCCCUCCACCGCCCACCCACGCCUCCUAUGUCGAUUGCCUCUUCCAGCUCUCGCUCCUUCCUCACACGUACCUCAAACUCUCCGCACUUCUAAACUCCGCCGACCCGCCCACCGCGCAAGCCGCCUUUGCGGAGUUCAGGAGCGGCGAUUACAAGAAGCGCAAGCGCGAGAGUGCGUACGAGCGGCUGAAGGCGAGGAUCCUUGCGGUACUCGAGCCGGCGAUCGAGGCUUUUGGAGACGAGCGGAUUCUAGUUGGUGCAGACUGGCCCAUGUUCCGCCCUGUCCUCCUCCCGCCAACCUCGACCUCUCCUUCGCCCGCACACUGCCCAGUGACCAACGUGGACGAGGAAGCUGCAGCCUGGGCUUUCGAGCUGCAGCUCUACCUCGACUGCUUCUUGCAGCUCGGGCUGGACGGCGAGGCGCUCGACCGGAUCUUUGAGGGCAAUGCGAGGAAGGCGUACGGAAUUGCACCUUAG